CUCUCGCGCUCACUCACGGCGGCGCGAGCUCCGAGGAUGGAGGCGACCGAAGCGGUAGGUGAAGCUUCCCUCUUACUUCCCGCCGGAGAGCGGCUAGCUGCUCAGACCCGCCCGUUGGAGGAACGGUGAGCCGCGACGGGUUCUGUGGUUUUGUCAUGAGCCCUGGAGUUUGUCCGGCGCGGUUUAGCGCGCUGAAGUGUUUGCCGGGUCAAAGCCGCGAGUAUUAGUGAUGGAGGGACUGGCGCUGUCCGAGGUGCUGAAAAUGGUUGGAGAAGGGAGGAGAGACCAUGGUACGGAAACAAUAGGUCAUAUCUGAGCAGGACACUUUCACCUACAGAAUGAGAGCCAAGCAUUUCAAGUUCAACUACAGCUGAAACAUCACGACACAAAUCCUGCACUUCACCAGCGAAAAAGGCUCAUGUCAUCAGAAAUUGUACAGCACAUGGAGAGUGACUUUUAUGACUUUGAGAUGAACUGCAGUCUGCCGCUGCUCCAGACAGAUGAUGCAUCCUCUGGCUGUAUACUACUAUGAUACAGCACCUUCCAGCUAUAUAGUAUAAUGGUAAAUGAUUUCAGUGGAACAUGCGGAAGACUGUCAGGGAGCAUUCGAAACCCUGCUACAAAACCCCACCGAUUUCCUACCAAGAGAAGACAGGUCUGACAGUUGACGUCAGGCUGCAUACAAAUGCGUUCUGCAUUCCUGCCUGAGGUACCAUCGCUAAUGGCUGCGAGGCCGUUCGAGAUCUACAGCUCAAAGUGCACGUAAAUGCAUCACAAUGCCUUCCAAAGUGUCAUGCCUCUACGUGUUGACGGUCGUUUGCUGGGCCAGCGCUCUGUGGUACCUAAGUAUAUCCCGUCCCACGUCGUCCUACGUGAGCCAGCUGUCCGUCCCGCCGCGUAAAACGGCGAAAGCGCACAAGAGCAACGCCACCACGACCUUCGGCAACAUCCGUACGCGCCCGCUCAACCCCCACGCCUUCGAUUUCAUCAUCAACGAGCCCAAGAAAUGCGAAACCAACGUGCCCUUCCUCGUCAUCCUCAUCACGACCACGCACAAAGAGUUCGACGCGCGCCAAGCCAUCAGGGAAACGUGGGGCGACGAAAGCACCUUCAGCGACCUUCGCAUCAUCACCCUCUUUCUUCUGGGACGCAGCACGGACGCGGUGCUCAACCAGAUGGUGGAGCAAGAGAGCGAGAUCUUUCACGACAUCGUCGUCGAGGACUUCGUCGACUCGUACCACAACCUCACUCUCAAAACGCUGAUGGGAAUGCGCUGGGUGGCCACCUUCUGCAACCAAGCCAAGUACGUGAUGAAAACGGACAGCGAUAUCUUCGUGAACAUGGACAACCUGGUGUAUAAACUCUUGAAGCCCGCCACCAAACCUCGACGGAGGUACUUCACGGGAUACGUCAUCAACGGCGGGCCCAUCCGGGACAUGCGCAGCAAAUGGUAUAUGCCCAGAGACCUUUACCCCGAGAGCAAGUACCCCCCGUUUUGCUCCGGCACGGGGUACGUGUUCUCGGCAGACGUUGCGGAGCUCAUCUACAAGACUUCCUUGCACACCAGGCUCUUGCAUCUGGAGGACGUUUACGUGGGGGUGUGUUUGAGGAAGCUGGGCAUUCACCCGUAUCAGAACAGUGGCUUCAAUCACUGGAAAAUGGCCUACAGUCUUUGCAGGUACCGUCGAGUCAUUACCGUACACCAGAUCUCCCCCGAGGAGAUGCAUCGUAUCUGGAACGACAUGACCAGCAAGAAGCAUCUCAAGUGUUAGUGGGAGAUGCCUGGGGAUGUGUAUUUGUGCCCUUUUUUAAAAAAAUAAAAAAUAAAAAUCCCACAAUGCACAGAUGCGACGUGGAGCCUUGGGACAAACUAGUUCUUUCUUAGAAACAUCCUUCUGGGGCAUUUCAACGAUUUGGAAACACGCCGAGCCCAUCGUUGGGGAAUGUGCUGUUCGUGUUAAUAUUACAACUCGUGCCGGUCUUUCUGAAACUAGUGAAGGAGUUCCUUUUGGUCCGGAAUGUCCUUGAUUGUUCAGUUUUCUUUGCUCAUUAUUCUGGUUGUACAAACGAAAGUACCAUUGCUUUGUUUACUGUGUGUGUGGAAGCGCCUGCAUUGUUUGUUUACACCUUCAGAAACGACUUUUCUUGAAAAAGAUCAUGUAUAGCUCCUUAUUUAUAUAUAUAAUUAUUUUCUUACUCCUAGACGUCGAACAUCAUCGCUUCAGAACAGCUCAUGUUUGUAGUUAUACUGUAAAUCUGUAUAUCUAAAGUCAUUAACGCUUGGUAUCAAGUGUCAUUUAGUGAGUAUUUACUGUAGAAAUGCUGCUCAAGGAACGCAGUGUAAAUGUGGAGUAUAAUGAAGGUAAGAAACACGAAAAAAAAAGACGAAAACUUGAAAGUGGAUUUUUUUUUUUUCCAUUGAGGCCAAAAUGUGAUUCACAUGUUUUUUUUUAAAUUGUUUGGAGUAAUUAAAGGGAUGUGACAUUUAACUGUGAAAACAAAAAUGAAUAUAUUAUUCCCCAUGGGUACUAUUGUAUUAUACUGUGUAUUUUUUUCUACAUAAAAAUAUAUAACAGUGAACGUUU